ACCAAAGCUGCAUUGUGGUGUUAAUACAGUUAUGGCUGAUGGAAUGCAUGACCCAAUCUAGCAAGCGUGCAGUUGGGAAGCUCUUUUCGAAGCCUUGCUGACGGCAUGGCGACUGGCCGCGCGAGACCAAUUGUGGUUCAUGCCGGCCAGCAUGUCAGCCGCUUUUGUUGCCCCGCUGGGGCCGCUCAUUGGACUCCAAGCGCCCGUUUGUUCCUUGCUCGCGGCCGCGCAGUACGCAAGCUCGAGUGAGACUGGGGCAAGCUGCAUAGAAGCCCGAAGAAAUUCGCGGGCGGGCCUGAUGGGCAGCGGGCCGCGCCUCAUCAUUCGGGUGGGUCUUCUUUGGCCGGCGCUCGCUCGCCGGAGUGAGUGGCUGGCUGGUCGACGCAAGUCCUGCAGGUUCUCAAUGGUCCGUUUCCUGUUCCCCAUCGGCGCCUAUUCCGCCCGUCCGACGCCGGUUUCGUGGGCGUACGACGCGCGCCGGAGCGACUUGGUCUCUUCUUCCUGCGAGCUCAGACAACUCGCGGCGGGCAAAGCGGGCUUAUCUCUCACCCAUACCCGUCGCCGAUUUGUCCGUAAAAGGAUGCCGAUCAUGCCCCGAACGAAAAGACUUGUCGUCUGAGGCGCCGGCUCCCCCACCGGAUCCGGCCCAACCGAAUUCCGCCCGGUUCCGGCAGACAACGGAGGAGGGCCUUCGUCUCACCAGGCUCGUGUCUCCAAGCCCAGACGGCCAAUGGCCGGCCUCGGUACAAGUCCACCUAGUGUGCCCAAAUCGCCGCCAAUGUUCUGGAUAUACUCGGGCCGUAUCAAGCCAGGAAUGGACAACGGACAGUCCGAAUCGGAACCUUCCGAGCUGGGCAAGCUGCAGUUACGGGGCGUGCGCAAGAACAACAGCUCCCAGUCAGGCAGUCAGGAUGAAACAGCCACUUCACCACUCAG